UGCCAAGAACAUCUUCUCUCCUGCGAGCAUUGGGGUCCCUCCUCUUGCCACCUGUCACCGAGGGCUUGUGGGUUCGGUCUGAGCUGCAGCUGCCAACCCACCAGGUGGUCCCCGGGAUGCUGUUUUGACUGCCUGUCCCUCCUCUGUCCCACCCCAGGGGCAAAACGCAUCCACCGGGAACACAAAUAAAGUCUGUAUGGUGCAGAUGGCCCGGGCACGCCGGCUGGGCCAGCUGGUGGAGUACCUGGUGCCUGCCGUCCUGGGUAGGGACCCCACCUUCGUGCCCGCCUUCCUCUGGAACUACAGAGCUUUUGCCACCACCCAGCAGGUGUUGGACCUACUGCUGACAAGGUAUGGCUGCGUCUUCCCCUACGCUGAGGAGGAUGGCGGGCCUGUGGACCAGCGGAAAAAGGCCAUCCUCGCCAUCCUGGGCAUGUGGCUGGACCAGUGCCCUGAGGAUUUCUCCCAGCCCCCAGAAUUCCCCUGCCUGGGGACGCUGCUGGCCUACCUCCGCCUCAGUUUUCCAGGCUCAGACCUGGAGCGCCAGGCCCAGCUGCUCCUUUUGGAGCUGGAGAGCCGGGAGCCCACAGAGGCAGAGGCAGAGGAUGCCAGCGCCCCAGAGACCCCGAAGCGGGACUCCCUGGGCCUGAGUCGAGUGGGGCCCAAAAGCAGCUGA